AUGGCCCGCGCCACGCCGCCCGUCGCGACCGCCCGUGCCGCCCGGGCGCCGAGGCUCGCGCUGCUGCCGGCGCUGGCAGCGCUGCGGCUGACGGCCGCGGGCGCGGGGCCCGUGCCCGGCGAGAGGGGGCGCUGCUCGGCGGCGCUGGGCUUCAGCGGCGCCGCGCACCACGGGAGGACGUGCUGCGAGGGCAACCAUACCCGCGAGGCGCUCGUGCGCUACGCGCCGUUCUCCCACAGCGCCUCCGGCAGGUGCGGCCGGAUGACCCGGCUCGCGAUGUGCUCCCCGUGCGACGGGGAUGUGGGCACCGGUCUCAAGUCGCAGUCGGAUCGGGUCGUCCUCUGCCCCGACUUCUGCGCGCGCUGGUUCGACGCCUGCCGGGAGAGCUUCUACGAGGCUGGAAGGGCGGCGUCCGCGCUGUCGCCCUGUGGCCAGGACAGCCUGGUCUGCAGCCGGCUGGGCGAGAUCACGGAGGACCCCCGUGGGUUCUGCGAGAGCAUCGGCCCGUACGUGGUGGCGGACGGCGGGGAGCCAGACGCGUGCUACGACGGUGUGCCGGCCGCCAGCUCUCGCGGCAGGGGGCCGAAGGCCUGAGCGAGGGACCCCUUGCCACCGCGCAGGUGCCGAGCGGCGCCCCGCGGGAGGGCCAGCCGCAGCGGGGCCGGGGCUGCGCGCGCGCGCCUGGUGCGGGGGCCCGGGGGGCGCAGGGCGCCCCUAUUUGGCAGAGGCUGCCGAAGUCAGCAGCUGCGGCGCCCGCGACGGGCCCGUGCACUCGACGGUCCCCCCUCAGCUUGGUCGGACGGGUGUCUCGAAUUAGUUGUUUUUUGUUGAAUGCAGGCUUGGUCGAUCAGGCGGGCCCUCCCGCGAUCAAGCCGCUGCGCCCACGGGCAGGCGGCUGAGGCCCAGCCGACCCUGGACAGAUGGUGUGCGCUGGUGGCCUGUUUUUGUUGCGUUGCGCGGGCCUUGCGGCACCGCGAAGGCAUUACACGCAAGACGUAGUUACUCAAAGACCCUCUCGCUGUACAGUCCCCGAGAGAAAGAGCAAAC